AGGGAGCCUGGCCGAGUUUCUCCUUAGCGGCCAGCUGCCGUCUGGCCAUGCCUGCCUGAGGCAGGCAGGGAGGCCGGUCGGCUAUCGGCUCUGUGAUCUAUUGCUCCUGCCUAUCUCCCUGGGAUGCCGCCGCCGGGGCUGAGAGAGAAGCGGCAGGCGGGACGACAGAGCCGCGGCUGUGGUGGUGGAAGGGAAGACCCAGCGAGUCCGUCCCGGCUGGCGGCCUCGGGAUGGAGUUGGAGCGCGCCGGCGGCCAGUGACCGAGAAAGGGGCGGGCCAGCCGCAGCAAGCAGGGAGACCGAGUGACUGGCGGGUGGGCUGUGGGGGGCUUCGCUUGUGCUUGACCCCACGGCAGGGCAGCAGCGGCGAAUGGAGCCCGGCGCUUCCUCAGCGCGGCCGGCUGCGGAAGGAGGAGGAGGAGGAGACUCCUGCCUGGAGCGCCUGAAGAAUUCCCUGCCGGGACCUGCCGACCUGGCCGGGGCAGCCAGCACGUUGGAGAGGAUCCUGAGAGAGUCGGUGUGUCAGCUGCAGGGCUGGCUGCGGGUCUACGAUGUGAAAGGACCACCAACCCAUAGACUAUCUUGUGGCCAGUCCCCUGAUUCAGAAACUAUAAUAUGGGAGACAAAGUAUUCCAUUCUGACGGACAGCCAGCUUGUACUGCUGAACAAGGAGAAGGAGAUGGCAGUCGAAGGAGGACAGGAUCAGACUGCAGAGCCUACCAAAGGGCGUUGCCUGCGGCGUACAGUGAGUGUUCCUUCAGAGGGUCAAUUUCCUGACUUUCCACCAGAGGGAGCUACAAAGCUUGGUACUCAUCUCUCUGAGCAUUUGUGGGGCAUUAUUAAGAGAAAGAAAUGCCAUCUUGACUUUCAAAGGAGAUCGGAAAUGACAAGAGAGGUCCCAGCAGAGAGAUCUCCUCGAAGACGGAGCAUCUCAGGGACCAGCACAUCAGACAAAACCAAUCCCAUGGAUGCACCAAACACAUCUCCAUUCAAAGUACCGGGCUUCUUCAGUAAACGGCUCAAAGGCUCAAUCAAAAGAACAAAGAGCCAAUCAAAGUUGGACAGGAAUACCAGCUUUCGUCUUCCAUCUCUUCGGCCUGCUGAUGACAGGUCCCGUGGCUUGCCAAAGCUGAAAGAAUCUCGUUCUCAUGAAUCUUUGCUAAGUCCAGGUAGUGCUGUGGAGACACUGGAUCUCGGAACAGAAGAGAGGGUCUUCGUCAAACCUCUUCAUAGCAGUAUCCUUGGACAAGACUUCUGUUUUGAGGUAACUUAUUCCAGUGGCAGUAAAUGCUUCAGCUGCUCUUCAGCCGCCGAAAGAGACAAGUGGAUGGAAAACCUGCGGAGGGCAAUACAACCUAACAAGGUACCAUAUAAGGAUAACUGCCGUCGAGCCGAGAAUGUAUUGCGUCUUUGGAUCAUUGAAGCCAAGGACUUGGCCCCUAAAAAAAAGUACUUCUGUGAAUUGUGCCUGGACGAUACCUUAUUUGCCCGCACUACAAGCAAAACAAAAGCUGAUAAUAUCUUCUGGGGCGAGCACUUUGAGUUCUCUGGCCUCCCACCCAUCCACAGCAUCACUGUCCACAUCUAUAAGGAUGUUGAGAAGAAGAAGAAAAAGGACAAAAAUAAUUAUGUUGGCCUGGUUAACAUUCCCAUAGCCAGUGUGACUGGCCGUCAGUUUGUGGAGAAGUGGUACCCCAUCAGCACACCCACGCCCAAUAAAGGAAAAUCAGGAGGGCCUUCCAUCCGGAUCAAGUCUCGGUACCAGACCAUCACCAUCUUGCCCAUGGAGCAAUACAAAGAGUUUGCCGAAUUUGUUACUAACAAUUACACUGUGUUGUGCUCUGUACUGGAGCCAGUAAUCAGUGUCAGGAACAAAGAAGAGAUGGCCUGUGCUUUGGUGCACAUUCUUCAGAGUACUGGCAGAGCUAAGGACUUCUUGACUGACCUGGUGAUGUCAGAGGUAGAUCGCUGUGGGGAUCAUGACGUGUUGAUCUUCAGGGAGAAUACACUUGCCACUAAAGCCAUCGAGGAAUACCUCAAACUGGUGGGACAGAAGUAUCUGCAGGAUGCACUUGGUGAAUUUAUCAAGGCCCUGUAUGAGUCAGAUGAGAACUGUGAAGUGGAUCCCAGCAAAAGUUCACCCAGUGAACUGGCUGAUCAUCAGGCCAACCUCAAAAUGUGUUGCGAGCUGGCCUUCUGCAAAAUCAUCAACUCCUACUGCGUCUUUCCCCGGGAGUUGAAGGAAGUGUUUGCAUCAUGGAAGCAGCAGUGCCUAAAUAGGGGGAAGCAGGACAUCAGUGAACGCCUGAUCAGUGCCUCGCUUUUUCUACGUUUCCUUUGCCCAGCCAUCAUGUCUCCGAGUCUCUUUAACCUCAUGCAAGAGUACCCUGAUGACCGCACGUCUCGGACUCUCACACUAAUUGCAAAGGUUAUCCAAAACCUGGCAAACUUUACAAGAUUCGGGAACAAAGAAGAAUAUAUUACAUUUAUGAAUGACUUUUUAGAGCAUGAAUGGGGAGGCAUGAAACGCUUCCUGGUGGAAAUUUCUAAUGCGGACACAAUCUCUAAUACUCCAGGAUUUGAAGGAUACAUUGAUCUGGGAAGGGAAAUUGCUGUCUUGCAUUCCCUGCUAUGGGAAGUCGUAUGUCAGCUGGACAAGGGUGAAAAUUCCUUCCUACAGGCAACGGUAGAAAAACUGGGGCCCUUGCCACGCAUCCUUGCGGACAUUGCGAAGGCUACAACAAACCCCACACCAAUCCAGCAGCAGUUGAGACGUUUGGCAGAUCACAACUCAAGCCCCAACGUUAGCCUCUCCUCAGGGCUGCAAAAAAUAUUUGAGGACCCUGCUGACAGUGAGCUCAAGUUGAAGUCGCCAUUACAAGAAAAUGAAGGCUAUUUCAAAGGCAAGUUGCUUUUGAUCCAGCAGGCAUCAUCACGGAGUGUGACUUAUUCAGACAAGGGUGACGAGACUAGCAUGCCCAAUGUCCGAAGUGUAUCACUGAUGGACCUCCAGGAUCCUAAUGUCACACAGUGUGAUCCUGGAUUCAUGAUGCGUGAAGCUCCUGUUCGUUUAUCUGGCAGUCAGCUUUCAGUCAUGCAGGUGGCAAACAUCAAGCAACUCCACAGCACACCUCAGAGCGCCCCACAGGUCCGGAGGCCUCUGCACUCGGCACUAAACCAGCAGGGCAGUCUGCAGCCCCUCUCUUUCCAGAACCCAGUUUACCAUCUCAACAAUCCCCCUCAACCAAUGCCAAAGGUGUCCAUGGACUCCAGCCUGGAGAACCUGAGUGUCACCAGUUCCCGCAGCCAGAAUAGUGAAGACCUUAAGCUCAGUGGACCCAGCAACAGUAGCAUGGAGGACUUCACCAAACGCAGCACGCAGAGCGAGGAUUUUUCCCGGCGGGGCACAGUGCUGGACAAACACAUCCCUGUUGCUUUGCCUCGCCAGAACAGCACUGGGCAAGCCCAAAUCCGCAAAAUAGACCAAGCCGGGCUGGGUGCAAGAGCCAAGGCACCCCAGUCGCUUCCCCAUAGCGCUUCUCUUCGGAGUACAGGGAGCAUGUCGGUAGCAUCUGCCACCAUGGCAGUGGAGCCCAUUCAGAAUGGGAAUCGGUCUCGGCAGCAGUCCUUGUCCUCCCGGGAGAGCCCGGUUCCCAAGGUACGGGCCAUCCAGCGGCAACAGACACAGCAGAUUCAGUCUCCUGUGGACUCUGCUACAAUGUCCCCUGUGGAAAGGACGGCCGCUUGGGUCCUCAACAAUGGGCAGUAUGAAGAAGAGGAGGAGGAAGAUGCUGAACAAAACCAAGAUGAAGCCAAGCACGCAGAAAAGUAUGAGCAAGAGAUAGCCAAGCUCAAAGAUCGCCUGAAAGUAUCAAGUCGACGGCUGGAGGAGUAUGAGCAGCGUCUCCUGGUGCAGGAGCAGCAAAUGCAGAAGUUGUUGAUGGAAUACAAGGCAAGGCUGGAAGACAGUGAGGAACGGCUGCGAAGGCAGCAGGAGGAGAAGGACAGUCAGAUGAAGAGCAUCAUCAGUAGGCUAAUGGCUGUUGAAGAAGAGCUGAAAAAGGACCAUGCCGAGAUGCAGGCAGUCAUUGACACCAAGCAAAAAAUAAUAGAUGCACAGGUCUUAAAUGGGGAUGAGAUAAUUCGAGCAGGAAAAAAGGAUUCUCUCUCUGGAUUCAGCCAACACACGGCUGAUGAGUGCCCUGACGCAAGUGAAGGAACACUACAGCAUGCAGGCCCGCAACGGCAUCUCUCCCACCAACCCCACCAAGCUUUCCAUCACGGAGAACGGUGAAUUUAAAAACAGCAGCUGCUAGCAGCAACUCCUCCCACCAACACAACUGCCAACUUCUCCGUUCUCCCACCUCUCCAGUCCUGGCCACAGAUCCCUGGGUGUUCCCCAAAGCUGCAUGCUUCGAAGCAAAAUGCUUGGGGAGAGAAUGCUGCCACCCUCACAUGUGCAACUAGGCCUGUCAGGGCUUCCUUUCAGAGUUGCAGCUGGCAGCCAGGGCCGCCUUCCCAAGUGGUGCACUUUCCCCCUACUCCUCUGAGGAUUUGGUCACAAUCUGUGGUGUGCAUCUGAGGCAGAAGGCGCAUCAACUAGCACCCACCCGUCGGGAGUGCUGCUGCACAAUUCAAAAUGGUGGAGAGGGACCUUGGGAAAGGGCAGCCUGCAGCUCGGGAGGACAGUGCUUACCUUCAGGCACGACACUGCAAGUGAGCCCCAGUGGGACUGUAUGUGGUGACAGCCGCUCUGGGGAAAUGCCACCUUUUAUAACAGCAUAAUGGUUGUCAUCUCUGCAUCCCCACUUCUCCUGGAGCCUCUUGCUUUCAAGUGGGAUUCUUCAAGGAGAUUGGGGCAGAUCCACAAAGAGGGGAAGGGGCUUCCCUUCCCCCAACCUUUAAACUUGCAUCAGGGAAUGAUGUUGGCAUAAUUCCCCAUCCCUCAAAACAUCUUUCUCUUUCUCCCCCUGCCCCAAGGCAUUCACCCAAACUCCUUGCACACCAUCCAGGGCAGUUCUGCUUCACCCCACUGCAAAACAUUCUCCUCUCCAAAUAUUGAAAGACUUUUUAUUUAUUGUUUUUUACUUUUACUGGAAAUUUUUAAAGAAUAGUGAUAUAGUAUGUAAAUUGCACCCCAAGAAAUUGAACAAAAUCCUUCUGUUGUUUCAGUCCAUUAAUUACCUACAUUAAAGCAGUAUUUGUGAUUGUACCCUUUCUUCAGGUUUGUUUUCAUUCCACAGAACUAAGAACAGUUGCCUGUUCUCUAGAAAUAUAUGUACAUAAUUUUUCUUACUCAUCCACAUCUGUAUAAUAGCAGUAAGUUCACACAUUAACAAACUUUCCUACACUAUUCCCUAACUGAGUGUUUCCUGUUGUUUUACAAAUUUUUAUAGAAUAAUAAUUUUGACAGCAAAUUUUUCUAUAGUUCAGUUAGUUAACUAAUUUCUGACCAACUUUCUGACCCAGUUAGAUAUAAUGCAAAAUCAGUUUGGCAAGCCCAACCCAGAAUUUGUUUUAAUGCCCAAAUGCACAGCAGUCAACAAACCCUGGGUUUUUUUCCCGGGGGGCAACAUAGGAAGAGAUCAGACCAUGGUUUGAAACUGGUUUGCUAACCACAAGUUAGUUUAUGCUAACUACAGGCAGCUUCACACAUAAAGUAAGUAUGGAAGAACCGCCAGUUCCUGCCAAGGGCGUGCUGCUGCUGUUGCUGUUCCAUGCCAUAUGAAGCGGAGAAUGCUGGUGAUCCAGCUCAGCCCAAAUUUCACCCAAUAUCACUAACCAACAUUUGUCAAGUUGGCUUGACAGUGUUGGACUGAAGGCGGGCCACCAACAGCUUCACAUGACACCGGUUGGAGGAGCACAUGCUCGGCAGGAAUCAGCAUUUAUUCUGUAUUUACUUGCCACCAUUAUGUGUGAAGCCACAGUAUAAUUUGCUCUUUUAUGUCUCAAGUUCAGAAUUUGUGUUUCUUUUUAACGUGUUUGCUUGAAUCACUUGAGGACCAAAUAAGAUGCUUUGUAAACAAACAAAUCACCACUAAAUAGAUCACCACUAAACAACUACAAAGCAGUGGAGAAGGGUGAAGUUGGACGCAGAGAAGUGGUGGGUGCUUAACCCUUGUGAUCCCAGCCACUCUUCCCCAGCUGGAGUUCCAGGGUAGAUGUUUGCUGCAUAGCAGAGGAAAAUGGAUGGGGAGGUGGGACAUGGGUUACACAUCCCACAUCACUUCUGUGCUGCCAAAUGCCUCCUACCCUGCCACUUUGAAGUCUUUCAGUGAUGAGCUGAGUACCCCAGAUAUGAGUCUGCUGCCAAACAUCUAAUUUGACCCUAAGAGAACAGCAUGUGAUAUGUUACAUCACAUGAUGUUAUCUUAUAAGUAAAUGUUCUUCCCAUUCAUUCCUGGAUCACUUUUAGUCUCUCCUUCCAAUAGCCUCUUACAAUUUACAUAAUUAGCAAAUAUGCAAGGAUUCAGCCUCAUUUGCCUGAUACAUCCAGCAUCUCCCAGUGACAAUACUGUGCAUUAUUUUAAUUCUUGCAGGUGUACAAGUACUACUGGAAGAUAAUUUUAUAUUUGUUCUAUUUUAUUGCUACAUUUAAUGCAUCAUUUGGCCUGCGUUACAGAUGUCAUUCCACUGUUUCAUUGAUAUUUUGGGCUGCGGAUCCUAUUUUCAUAUGCACCAUGUUGAGAAAACAAAUAAUUUGGAGAAAAGUCCUUUACAUGUAUUUAAAGCUAAUGAUAGACAUUCAAACUUGUUCAGAUCCCUCGUUACCUUGAAAUUUCUUUGCACUUUUAGCCACAAAUUCCUUACUUGUCAGCACUAGAAGAAAAAAGAACAAAGGAGGCUGAUCUUGCAUUUUAUCUCACUUGCUCAUCAUGUAUAUCAAAACCUUUUCCUAAUAUGUAAAUCAUAAAACAGUGUCAACUAACCUAGUCUUUUCCCAUGCACCAAAAUUAAUCUUUUAGCUACAGAAAAGCCCUUGUGAUGAAUUACAGAGGAGAGAGGUGAUGGGAUAGGAGCAAAUGUUUUAUAUAAUUUAUCCCAGGUUGUUAUAAAAUAAAUGUGCUAGAAUAAAUUUAGUUGAGAUUUUACCCUUUUUACUCUAGCAUUACCCUUUUAAGGGUAAAGUAGGACCCAUUACCCUUUUAAGGGCAAAGUAGGACCUUACUGUCCUAUCGGCCAAAUGAGAUAAAUACCCUUCAUUUCCCACCACUGGCACUUCAGUCAAAAUGGCAGCAGGCUAGUAUUUUAUAACAUUUGAGACUGCCAAUCCUCCUCUUCAUGCCUAAUGCUGCUUUAUGCUCUUCUUUGCCCUUUGGGACCUCAUGAUUUCAAAUAAACUGAUGUUCUGAGGAUUGAAUUAAAUCCAUAACUUCUACUGCAUUGUUUUUACAACCAUGGUUGGCAAAAAAGAGAGAACAGAAAUGUAGGCGAUCUGUUCAUUCUUAUUCUCGCAGUCUUACCCAUCCAUAAGAUGUUUAGCUUAGAUAAUAUAUUUUAAUCUUGUCUUAUUUUGUCAAGAGAUCAGUCCAGGGGCUAGCAGCCUGCUCCUUCGGUGGGACAUUGCUUACCUAUCCAUUGUACUUUGAAGGGAAACCCAGCAGGCAGAGACAAGGCUCAUGUGGAUGAGUCGUGGCAGCAGCAUAGUGGGAGGAGACACAACAAUUACAGUUGCAGCAUCCCCGUCUUCCAUUUUUCCCUGUAGCCCUCCGCCAUUUCCCUCCAGUUUCCUGUAAAGUCUCUAAAUGGGAGAGGAUGUAGAUAUCUCUACCAAUGUGACAUCUCUAAGGGAGGGUGGACUGAGUUGCAGAAAUGCUUUGCUCUUUGAGGCUCCCACACAUCGCCACUACCCCCAUCAUGAAGAGAGUGAUGUGCUUCCAGAAAUGCAAAGCUCUUGGUUUCCACCUCAGCAGCUUUGCAAUGAGACUAACCAUGGCCCCAAAACACACUUGCUUGUUUCCUAAUUGCAUUGAUCUUGGUAUAGAGAAAUCUCUGUCCUUUCAUUAGCUUAGCUCCCAUGAGAGAAGCGGGGGGGGGGGGAGCACAUGUUGGUGAGAUCUUCUUCUUCUUCUUCUAGGAACUGUACCUGUAAAAUAGAUCUGCUGUCUUCGGGGCCUUAAUAAGAAUGUUAUCUUACAGGACUCUUUUUUGCAAUGCUAGCUUUGGAUAAUUUAUUUCAGUAAGGUUUACCCCUUAACACAUUACCUUGUUUCCUUCUCCCCACCCCCUCCCUACAACCUGUAUUUUUAUGCCAGUAGUGCUGGUCUCUUUGGGGUCUUCAGGAUCCACUUCUGCAUUUCAUUGUCUGGAUUUGUUCUAAAGAAGAUUUAUUUUUGUUCUGUGAAUAUUUUUGGACAGUUUCUUGUAUAUGUACAGAUAUAGAUACAUUUGACGUCUUUUAUUGAUAUUCCUACAAAGAAUUACAAAAUAAACUUUAACUUUAAACA